CAUCCUCUUUAGAGUCCAGCCAGCGGGUAAUGAAAAAUAUAUUGGGGAAGAAGAAAAAAGAUGUAAUAAUGAAGUCACAUAGACAAGUUUUCUUCUCCAUAUGCAUGAAUCUUUUAUAAGGUUUUACCUGAUGAAGAGAUUUAAAGAUCUCAAAAACCUGUGUAUUUUUGGUUAUUUGGUGUAGAAGGGUGUUCAUUUGGGCAAUUUUUCUUAGGGCCAGCGCAAUCUCAGCUAUUCAUUAGAAAGUUAUUUAUUGCAGUUUAUUUCCAUGCUGCCCAUUUCCAAAGGCUUGGGUAGCUAACUAUUACAGAAUAAAAAAUAACAUCCACAAGAGCUCCAUAAACAUGCAUAAAAUAAUGAACUCAAAAGAUAUAUUGAGCAAAAAAUACAGCAGUUGUAUGUUUGCAAAACCCACAUUCAGUCAUAAGAUGCUCUCCUUUCAUGUUAAAUAGAGGGCCUUCCUAGGUCCUAUUUAAUCUUCCUUGUUCCUAAAAUCUACAAUUCAUGGAGCUGACUGAGCCUCAGGGAGAGAAUUCUCAAGUGUGGGGAAAACAGUAAAAAUUCCCAUUUUCAGUGUUCCAUCAGAUGAUGAUCUUGUAAAGAUGAGACAAGGAAAUUGGCUUUACUGAAUCUGAUUAAAUGGGUAGAUGAAUACAGAAAAAGAUGGUCUUCAAUCAACAGAGACAUCGAUUACAUGCAGAUGAGAUAUAAUGAUCUUAUGAUAAGCAAGGUGGCAUGACACUCAGUUAUGAUUAAAAGUCUCAGAAUUUAUGGAGUUAAAUUAUACAGCAUAUUGUACUUGUGUUUCCACAACUUACUGAACCAUAACUACAUACACUAGGUUGUGAGACACAGCUAGGCUAAAAUCAGGUUAAUAAACCUGUAUCUUAAGUACGUGUGCAAAUAAAGCUACUCUGAUUUUGGGCUGGUUCUGCUGAUUGUGUGAACCCAACCCUGAAAUAAGUAAUACACAAAUGAAUUUCCCUGAGUUCGUAUCUUUUGUGGUUCAUUGUGUCACUGUGAGAAAGCAGCUUUAAAAUAUUUACGACAUUUCCAGGUUUGACGGGAGGAAUUGAGGCUUUUAAUCAGAUUUGAGCCCAAACUCGCAAAAUUGAGCGAUUUAAUCCCCAGCAUUUUGCAGGAACCAUUCCGGACUCCAAAAAUGCACUCCGGGUUUUGUUUCCUUCCUCAGCGCAGUUGGGGGUGGCUUGCUGUGUGUUUGAAUGAGAAAGCAGGUUGUGGCGGCAGCUAAAAGAGCUGGCUGGGGGCGGCUGGAGACUUUGCUGCCUGGUGCACGAAAGUCUUCAAAAACCCAUUUCAGGUUCAGCAGGAGGAGGAAAAAGAGAGAGAAGAAAAAGAAAGAAAGAAAGAAAGAAAGAAAACAAAAGGCGCAAGGAAAGAAGGAAGCAAGAAACCUGGAAAGAGUAACUGCCUUUGAUAUUAAGAAGAAAGUUUUUGACAAUGAGUUACUGGAACUUGGACAAAAGAAGUUGUCUUCAGUACUGCAGACAUUUUUUGGUGGACAAUAGUGUUUUUCACGUUGAAAGAUGUAUGAGUGUUAUGCAGUCUGGGACUCAGAUGAUUAAGCUGAAACAUGGAGCCAAGGGGCUGGUGCGUCUUUUUUAUCUUGAUGAGCACAGGACGUGCAUCAGAUGGAGGCCAUCCAGGAAAAGUGAAAAGGCAAAAAUCAUAAUUGAUUCUAUCUACAAAGUCACUGAAGGUUGGCAAUCAGAAAUAUUCCAUCGCCAUGCAGAGGGCAACUUUGAUCCAAGCUGCUGCUUUACAAUUUACCAUGGCAAUCAUAUGGAAUCAUUGGAUCUGAUAACUUCUAACUCAGAGGAAGCACGUACCUGGAUCACUGGGCUAAAAUAUUUGAUGGCUGGGAUAAGUGAUGAAGACUCACUUGCUAAAAGACAGAGAACACAUGAUCAUUGGGUAAAGCAGACUUUUCAGGAAGCUGAUAAGAAUGGUGAUGGUUUGCUGAAUAUUGAAGAGAUUCAUCAGUUGAUGCAUAAACUGAAUGUCAACCUGCCGAGAAGAAAAGUAAGACAAAUGUUUCAGGAGGCUGACACAGAUGAGAACCAGGGAACUUUAAACUUUGAAGAGUUUUCUGUGUUUUAUAAGAUGAUGUCAUUACGGCGUGACCUAUACCUGCUGCUUUUGAGCUAUAGUGAUAAGAAAGACCACCUCACUGUUGAGGAUUUUACUCAGUUUUUGAAGAUAGAACAGAAGAUGAAUAAUGUGACAACAGAGUAUUGUUUAGACAUCAUAAGAAAAUUCGAGGUUUCAGAAGAAAACAAGAACCAGAAUGUUUUGGGAAUAGAAGGCUUUACCAAUUUUAUGUGCAGUCCGGCUUGUGAUGUGUUCAAUCCGCUGCACAACGAGGUACAUCAGGAUAUGGAGCAACCUCUUUGCAACUAUUUUAUUGCUUCUUCCCACAACACAUAUCUAACUGGAGACCAGCUUCUAUCUCAGUCUAAAAUAGAAAUGUAUGCCCGAGUCUUACAAGAUGGCUGCCGAUGUCUUGAAGUUGAUUGCUGGGAUGGCCCAGAUGGAGAACCAGUUGUGCAUCAUGGUUACACUCUUACUUCCAAAAUAUCUUUUAAAGAUGUAAUAGAUGUAAUAAACAAAAAUGCCUUUACUAAGAAUGAGUUUCCAAUUAUAUUGUCUAUUGAAAAUCACUGUAAUGUUCAACAGCAAAAGAAAAUUGCCCAGUACCUCAAGGAGAUUUUCGGUGAAAAGCUAGAUUUGACCUCUGUGAAGACCGGGGAUCUGAAGCAGCUUCCAAGUCCUCAGAGUUUGAAAGGCAAAAUCUUAGUCAAGGGUAAAAGGCUCCCAUAUAGUCUUGGUGCAGAUGUUGAAGAAGGAGAGGUUUCUGAUGAAGACAGUGCUGAUGAAAUUGAAGAUGAUUGCAAGUUAAAUUUUUCUUAUAGCAACGGCACAACAGACCAUCAGAUAGAGUCCUUUAUAAGAAAAAAACUUGAAUCGUUACUCAGAGAGUCUCAAAUCAGAGACAAAGAAGAUACUGAUAGCUUCACUGUGAAGGCACUUUUAAAAGCAACACAUGAGGGUUUAAAUGUAAACUUUAAACAGAAUUCAGGUUUGAAGGACACGAACAAAAAAUCCCACAGUAAACUCAUGGGCAGCUUUGGUAAACAUAAGAAGGCAGUUAAAUCAAAAUCCAAAUCUCACAGCACAUCCGAUGAUGAAGACGCUCAGCAUAAUGUAUCUGGAAAAGAACCCAGACAAUUAUACAGUCGGUUGGCUCGGCGGAGGAAAACAAUGAAGCUGUGUCGUGAGCUUUCUGAUCUAGUGGUGUACACAAACUCUGUGGCAGCUCAAGACAUAAUUGAUGAUGGAUCAGUGGGGAAUGUAUUGUCCUUCAGUGAGACAAGAGCUCAUCAGGUGAUCCAGCAGAAAGCAGAGCAGUUCAUCCUUUAUAACCAGCAGCAGCUCACCAGAAUCUACCCAUCUGCCUAUCGGAUUGACUCUAGCAACUUUAACCCUGUACCAUAUUGGAAUGUUGGCUGCCAGCUUGUGGCAUUAAAUUACCAGUCUGAAGGGCGGGUGAUGCAGUUAAACCAAGCCAAGUUCAGGUUGAAUGGCAACUGUGGAUACAUCCUGAAACCUCAACAGAUGUGCAAAGGCACUUUUAAUCCCUAUUCUGGAGAUCCUCUUCCUGCUCUCCCUAAAAAGCAGCUUAUACUCAAAAUCAUCAGUGGCCAACAACUACCAAAACCUCCAGAUUCCAUGUUAGGAGACAGAGGAGAGAUAAUCGAUCCAUUUGUUGAAGUUGAAAUUAUUGGGUUACCAGCCGAUUGUUGUAAAGACCAGACCAGAGUUGUAGAUGAUAAUGGAUUCAAUCCUGUUUGGGAAGAAACCCUGACUUUCACUAUCCACAUGCCUGAAAUAGCAAUGGUUCGAUUUCUAGUCUGGGAUCAUGACCCCAUUGGCCGAGAUUUUGUGGGACAAAGAACUGUGACUUUUAGCAGCUUGAUGCCUGGUUAUCGUCAUGUUUACUUAGAAGGACUGACUGAAGCGUCAAUUUUUGUUCAUAUAACCAUCAAUGAAAUUUAUGGAAAGUGGAGUCCUUUAAUCCUCAAUCCCAGUUAUACUAUCAUGCAUUUUCUAGGAGCCACAAAGAACAAGCAACUAAUAGGACUCCGAGGGCUUUUUAAUAAGAACUCCAAACAUAAUUCAAUGGAAAACAGCACUCAUUAUAUUCGAAAAAGAUCACUCGGGGACCGAAUCCUUCGACGCACAGCCAGCGCUCCAGCAAAGGGCAGGAAAAAAAGCAAAAUUGGCUUUCAAGAGACCACUGACCUCAAGGAAAGUGUAUCUGAGACGUUGGACUUGAAAGAGAAGGAAGGAGGUUACAGGCAAGCAAGCAGAAGUUUACAAUUGCGUCCCAUCUCCAUGCCAGUUGAAAAAUAUCUCCUGGCAGGAUUGCCACCACCAGACCAGGAUGCUAGCAGAAUUGUUGAAGUUAUCAAAAGUGAAAGUACAUCCGCAGAAAGCAGAAACAAUAUAAGUGAGGACUGUACAAAUAUGAAGAAAACCAUCACCUCUUCUGAGAACAAUUCAUCUUUUACUGAGUUUUCACACCUGCCUAAGAAAGAUGUACCCAAGUCUGGUAAAAGUGAUACAUAUUGUCCGGAUGAAAAAGGAGAGAACCUAAACUUUGCAAUUGGGAUAGCUGAAACCUAUUUCUCCACCGAGUAUUGGAAAAGUAAUCUUCCCAACGAAUUUGUUCAUGUAAAGGAAGAUCUUGAAAGAAAAAAACACGACAAAAGCUGCUUGGAUCCAAAGACACUGGAGAUAACUGCAUUUUGUAAAGAAAAGAGGAAAAUAGCAGGAAAUUCUUUUCCUCCAGCAGAUGAAAAAGCUAAUAUGGAAUCCUACCCAAUUUUAAAUACAACAAUAACUAAUGUGUCAUCAGCUGAAUCAUCGCCUCCUAUUUCUUAUGAUGUGUGUGACUUUAAUUGUACACCAGCUAUACCAGAUAGUGACAUUUCUCAUCUGAUUAAUGAGGUCUCUCUAGCUGAAGUGAGAGAUAGGGAUAAUUCUAUCUCAAAGCUGAUAGAACAAGUUGAUGUCACAAGUGACCAAAUUGACUUAACUCUUGUUUCAAGUCCCUCUGAUAUUAAUAAAGAAAACAAUAUUUUAAAGUGCAUACAUCUACCAUGUACAUCACUAAAUGAACAAAGCGUCAUUUUGGAUGAUAAGUCCUUAACCUUAAAAUUAGCUGGUUCAGCUUGUUUAACUGGUUCAAGAGCAGAAAAUACCAUGAUAUCCACCCCUAAGACGGCAGGGAGUUCUCUGUACACAAUUAUCCACGAGGCUUCUCUUUCUCCAGUUUCUCAGCCGGCAUUAAUGGAUACAUCUGUUUGCAAAGAUACAAUCAAGGAUGCAAAAGAUAGUUGUGUAAACACUUCCUGUGUUUCACCUGUCACCAUGCAGAAAGCAAAUCCUAAAAGAAAAUGUGGAACAAGCUGGGAAUUUCUCAGCAAUAGCAACUCCUAUACUUCUGACAUACAGAAUACAAUAGUUGUCCCAGUCACUUGUGCAAAUUCUACAGGCAGUAGUCUAAUGGAAAUUGAUGGGGAGUUACAAGACCUCUUGAUAACCGCUUUCGAAUAUAAGAUAGAAGAUAUGAGCCAAGUUGCUUCUCCUUUGAAACUUAAGCAAAGUCAGGAUACACUAUAUUAUAACAAAACUAUAGGUGAACCCCUAAAGAGCAUGGACUUUCACAGUGAAAAUCUAGUUGAAGAUCUAAAGUUUAACAAUGAUAACAAUCAGUAUUUUCCAUACCCACGCCAGCAGAGGUUUGAACUCUUGUACAAUAAUUGUUUGCAAGAUGUACAAAAUGAAUUGUUAAACAUUCCUCAAACAACCAGCAUAAAUGCUGCUCUUAAGCCCCAAAAUACUGUGCCUUCACCCUUUCCUGGAGCUCAAAAGCAACAGAGCCCUUGCAAAUCAAAAAGUCUUGGUGACUUAACCUCAGAAGAUAUCUCAUGCAAUUUUGAGAGCAAGUACAAAUACAUUAGUAGAGGUUUUAUUACUUCUGGUAUGAGAGACAACAUGGUGGCCACUCUGAAGGCCAAGAAACCAUCGACUACAGACAUUCUGACCGAACAACUGCGAAAACUUGUGUCUUUUGAUCAAGAAGAGAGUUGCCAGUCAUUUUGUUCUAAACAAAAUGAUGACUGCCCCAAAAUGCUGGUCAGAAAAUUGUCAUCCAGAAGUCAGAGUAGAGUGAGAAAUAUCGCUAGCCGUGCCAAGGAACGACAAGAAGCCAAUAAACAAAAACCUUCUAAUGUUAGCAGUAAUGUAGCAGGCAUAGUCCUUCGAAAUAAGCCCCCAGUACCACCUCAUAUCAAUAGGCAUUCUACUGGAUCUUAUAUAGCAAGCUAUCUAGAUAACUUCAACACAGAAGACCUAGAACGCAGAGGGGUCCCAGAAGGUGCCUGCUCAUCUUUGCAUUUGGGAUACAGUGACCGGUUUUGUACAGAUGACUCUCUUUUAGACACCAAGCCAAAUGAAGAUGACAAACCAGAAAUCUAUUUUCUCCUAAGACUAUAAAUUGUAAAAAUAUAUAUCUUAAUUGUUUACAAGCUUUCUCGCUGAAUGAAGAAUUAUCAGCAAGCAGUGCUUCCAUUAGCCUUUAAAUUACUCAGAUUUUUUGUUUUGUUUUGGUACGGCUUGAAUCAUGUAAUUAAUUAGUGUGUCCAUUCUGAUAAAUGUUUAUGUAAAUAGAUGUGGCAAAAUGUCAUGUAUUUGUUUUCCUUUUUGAGAAUUUCUAUAUAUUUGUGGCUUUCUACAUGAAGUGAUUUCUCCUGUCCAAUCUUUGCAAACCAUAUACAACAGAAUUUGGUACAGCUGUGAAAUGCUAUGUUUGCUACAUUUUUGAACUUCUAUAGAUUUUUAGAGUAAUUAUCAUCCAUAAUAUAAUUUUCUUACUGAAGAAUUACAUUUUUUUAAUUUAAUGCCUUUUCCAGAAUAAACAAAAUGUAAGAUAUCCUAUAUUUAACUUUCAUACCUUCCAUAUUUAUUAGAUAAUAAUAAAUUUCCUAUGCUGAGGGGAACAAAACAUUCUUUCAUAAACUGCAGAAACUUUCAUUUUUACAAGUUUUGUAGCGUUUAUUAGUUUGUUGGAUUAUGUAUUCCACUUCUUCUUCUGCUGCUGCUGCUUUAUUUAUUUCAACUAGACUCCCAAGAAAUCCAGUACUUCCCUUAAUUGUUUUCAGCAAUACAAUUGUGAUUUAGUGUUAUUAAGGAGUUAUGUGAAUUGUUUUCUGUAUCAUCGUUUCAUUGUAGAUAUUUGAUUGUUUUGACACCGCUAUGUUGGAACACAGUAAAUAGUGGGCAUUGUCCCAAAGAAUAUCCUCCAGAUUGCUGUAAAGAUUUGUGCUUCUUUCAUUGGCUGUUUAAAUUAAGUGGUGCUGUGAUGUCAAAUUGCUCAUGAGUUCAAUUGUUUUCUAUUGCUGAUAAUGCAAUAAGAAGAAGAUCCAGCAAAACAGUUGACAAAGUUGUUUUGCAAAGCCUUGUUAUGCAAACAAAGCACCUCUGCUCAAAGCCCUCUAGCACAGAGGUCCUCAACCUUUUGGGCAUCAGGGACCGGUUAAGUGGAGAGACGUUUUUCCACGGACCAGAGGGAGUGUGGUUUUGUAUGCUGCCUGCAUCUCAUGGAUGGGCUUUGCUUGUUUGUGCAGACCAGUUGCUGGCAUGCCACUGCCCGGUACCGGUUCAUGAACCGGGGUUUGGGGACCCCUGCUCUAGCAGGUUCAUACAGUUACUUUGACGACAGACUUCAGCUGUCUCUACAGGGUAAUCUGAAUUGAAGUGUUGUCACUGCUACCUUUGUACCUUCAAACAAUUGGAUAAUGAGCAUUCCAGAGGAUGUGGCUGCUUUACUGUAUCUUUAAGAGUUAAUACUCUUCACACAGCUCUAUUAAAGAUUAGUGGGUUUUUAGAAAUAUCUCCUUGUUCUUAAAGGACAUAUUUAUAAGGUAGGGCUACAAUUAUGUGACUCAGAGAAACCCACCACUGCAAUUUUGGUUUAAAAUUUCAUGCUAGUUAAAUAAUCUGUUCAGAAGUUAGUGCAGAUAUAAUACUACUUGAUUUCUUAGUGACGGCAUGCUACAAGUUCUUCCUACAUUGUUCUUACCUUUAACCAUGCUAUAAUGUUCCAACUGAGAUAGCUCUGUUUAACAUGAAGCAGAAUUAGCCAAUUGCUGAAAUUCUAGUUUCCUAGUUCCUGAUUUCUAGAAUGCGGGGAAGGGUCUGUAAGAACAAAUGUUAUGUCUUCCCAAACUUCUCUGUGAACUGUUUCUAUUUCCUUCGAGCUUUUGACUUAAAGGUGAGGUUGAAGAAAUCUUGCUUUUAAUGAUUUAUUUUCUGUAUUUGGUUAUGAAUGUCCUUAAAAUGCAGUAACAAAGUGAUAUGCAAUAGCAUUAUAAUUUCACACAUAGAAACAAAAAAACUUUAUCUUGCUAUGAAUUUGAGACAAGGGCUUUUGAUAGUUAAUGCUAAGGGUGAAAGGAGAGUCCUAGUGAAAUCACCUCAAUAUUAUGUAGCAAUGUUUCAGCAGCUUCAUCUGCAUUGUGUAAUGAGAGAUCUUGUUCAAUGUAAAAAGUACAUAUGCCUCUUUUAUUAUAUAGGAUAUUAUUUGUAUUCAUGAAAGGGAAACCUUAAAUAAAUUUGUAAUACCCAA